UGACGCACACUCGCCCAUAGACAAAAACACCAGACAAAAGUCUGCAAGGAGAACGCAAUAGGGAAAACAAUAAUUAAUUAUAAUUAAAUACACAAUUUGUGCUAAAAAGCAAAGGCGAACACGAUGAGUUUCUUUGGCAAAAUGUUUGGUGGCAAAAAAGAGGUCGCCCCCACCACAGGCGAGGCGAUACAAAAGCUGCGAGAGACCGAAAAUAUGCUGAUAAAAAAACAAGAAUUUCUCGAGUCCAAAAUCGAGGAGGAAUUAAAUACAGCACGCAAAAACGCAUCAAAAAAUAAAAGAGUCGCUCUGCAGGCACUCAAAAAGAAGAAGCGUCUGGAGAAACAGCUUCAGCAAAUCGAUGGCACCUUAUCAACCAUUGAGAUGCAGCGGGAGGCCCUGGAGAGCGCCAAUACAAAUACAGCGGUGUUGACCACCAUGAAGAACGCAGCAGACGCGUUGAAAUCCGCGCACCAGAACAUGGAUGUGGACAAGGUGCACGAUAUGAUGGAUGAUAUUGCCGAGCAACAGGAUGUGGCACGUGAGAUAUCCGACGCUAUAUCCAAUCCCGUGGCCUUUGGCGCCGAUCUGGAUGAUGAGGAUCUGGAGCGGGAGCUGGACGAACUGGAGCAAGAGAACUUUGACAAGGAGAUCAUUGGCAUACCAGAGCCAACGCCUACGUUGCCAGAAGCACCAACCGAAGAUCUACCCGAGAAAGUCAAGGAAAAGAAAAAGGCAGUCCCAGCGGCAGUUGUUACCGACGAAGAGGAUGAUCCAGAUAUGAAACAAUUGAUCGCUUGGUCCAAGUAAACACUAAGAGCAAUCUCCUUACCACGCCUUGGUUUUCGUUUGCCCCCCCACACACACAAUUUUAAUUUUGCGUUCAUUAAGUGGAAAAACAAA